CGCCAUUUAGUAUAGCUUCCUUGCAUCGGCGCUUCGGAAUAGUCGGUUUAUUAAAGGCCCGGCGGUAAAUUUCUCAACCACAUCGAUUCUGGAAUGUCUGCUUCCUCCGUCUCCUCUCUUGAGCUUCACCGAUGCAGUUAUCACCCUCACCUUAUCUUGGCUGUCCAUCCCUUCCGAUUCUACGCCGAGAAUUCUGCCGCCUCCUCGUCAUCCGUAGCUUCAGCUCGAUGUUCCCUUCUAGCGAUAUUGCGGACGACCUCUUCUCUUAUUCCCUUGUUCUCUUUUCUCUCUCCAAAGAUAUUCCUCGUCUAUACUCCAACUAGAAUAAACGGUGUUUCUGGUGGGCUUGGGGGGGUUUGGAUUUUAUGCUUGGGUCUUUCCGAUGCAGAUAAUAUGCUAUCCAAUAUGUAUGAUAUGAUCCCACGGGGCUCCGCGGGGGGAAUCAAGGUGUCGACGCUUGUCUAAAAAGAAGCUAAAAGUUCAAUAAUAGCCUCGUAGUAAUAUAUAUAAUUCAUA